AUGCCUUCUCAAAAAUCAUUCAGAACCAAGCAAAAAUUGGCCAAGGCUCAAAAACAAAACAGACCAUUGCCACAAUGGAUCAGAUUGAGAACUGAUAACAAGAUCAGAUACAAUGCUAAGAGAAGACACUGGAGAAGAACUAAGUUGGGUAUCUAA